ACGGUCCCUUCGGAGUGGCGGCAGGAAGCACGGGAAGUGUUUUCUUGCUGCUGGGAUUUCACCGCGUGACCGCGUCUCGUCCGUCACGCCAAGUUUUGAAGGGCUGCGGUGAACUCACUACUUCAUCUUUUUGGUCGUUUGUACUAACAAGAUGCGCUACGUUUACUAAGUGGGAAGACGCGUCAACUGCCCGGCUAAGGAACCGGUACAGAAGCUUGUGUCCCGCGUCGUUUCAAGAAAAGUGCGAUGGCUGUUGCCGUGGCUGUGAUUGGCAAAGAGAAUUCUCCGCUGUUUGUAAAGACUGUGACACCAUGCAAUGAGCUCAAAUUUCUGUAUACUAUACACACUUCAUUGGAUGUUGUCGAGGAAAAAAUAUCUCCUGGGAACAAGAGCUCUGGAGAUGUUCGGGAGCUGUACUUGGGGUUGCUGUACCCCACAGAGGACUAUAAAGUUUAUGGAUAUGUGACAAACACUAAAACCAAGUUCAUAGUAAUUGUGGAAACCUCACGUACAACUCUCCGUGAUAAUGAAAUCCGACAGAUGUUUCACAAACUUCAUGCUUCAUACUGUGACGUUGUUUGCAAUCCCUUCUAUGUUCCUGGUGACCAGAUAGUCUCCAGGUCAUUUGACAGUACAGUCAAUGGGAUAAUGACCGGAGAGUGACUUAUGAAGAUGCUCACCUUUGUAGUAAAGGAAAAAAUAAAUAUAUGCUGCCAACAA